GUAGGCACGGCCCCGAGUAUCGCGUUAUAUACCGUUCCUUCUCGUGGGCAUUCCAAGCGGGAAUUCUCGAAAGCCAGUCGUCUUGUAGAAACCGCGGCGCGGCUUGUCCGCUCGCCGGUACUUUCGACCGGUCGUAAAGUCGACGUUUCGCAGUUCUACGCGCCGUUUCAGUAAUACGAAAUUUCGCCCCAAAAGCGAAACGCGAAGCGUCGUCGUCGCCGAGGUGCAUUGGUAACCCAUCUGGAAACCCCGACGGACCAUCCAUAAAAUUCUGAUCUGCUGUGGCCGCAACUAGUCGCACAAUGGAUGUUGAAACCGGGACCAUUCUGGCCCUGCAAAUAUUGGCUCUGUGCUCGAUAGUCGCAGCUCUAUUGGCCUAUCUGAUGCGACAGUCCAGGAAUGCAGCCGAUGAGUACGAAUCGCGUAACAAACGUCACGUACUCGUCACCAGCUGUGACACAUGCGUAGGCUUGCAAAUCGCCAUCGCGCUUUACGAGGCCGGUUACAAGGUGUUCGCAGGUCUGCUGGACCCAACGGGCGGCUCGCCGUCGGUCAAAAUUCUAAAGGCGAUCGAGUCGGAGCGGCAGAAAGAGAGCGAACCCGGAAGUGCGGGCGACAGUAAUUCACAACAACCGGAAGCUGUACACGCCCGCGGCCAAAUCGUGCCAUUGGAGCUAGAUCCUACGAGAGAGGACAGUUUGCGCGCAUGUUUGGACGCCGUCAGGGCGAAACUUCCUGCCGGCGAAGAUGGUCUCUGGGCGGUUGUGCACACGGGUGGCUUGGUUCUGCCAGGUGUCAUAGAGAAACAGACCAGCUCAAUGUGGGAGUCCAUGUUACGUCAUAAUCUGGUCGCUCCUCUCAGAACGGCCAGAGUAUUCAUUCCUCUUUUGCGUAUUAAAAGAGGCCGCAUCGUCCUUUUGGGUGACUCCGAGACGAGCUACGGCAGCAAAACGGGCUCCGGAUUAGUGGCGUUCAGCGCAUCUCGUCGGGCCGUGGAAGGUGCCGCCGAAGCGUUAAAAAGCGAAUUACAUUCCUCUGGCGUCGACGUUGUGCUUUUGAAACCGCCGCUUGUGAAUCCUCUCACUCUUUAUGCACCGCCCGUUCUCAAGACAGUUUCAGACGUGGAGUCUGGUGUAACAGCCUCGGAAGGGACGUGGACCGCCCCACUAUCGAUUCAUUCCGUGCAGAACGCCCUGAUUCCUGCAAUUACAACGUCGUGCCCUCUAAGCGUUUACGACAUGUCCGUCAAGCCGAGGCUCUUCUGUCGAUAAUCUCAUUUAUAUUGCGUUAACGAAGUAGCAAAGAUCGCAGAAUAAGAGUAAUAACGUGGAGGAUAUUUCUCAAAUGGUGUGUACUUAUAUUAAUACAAUGAUGAUGCCCAGCAAACACCGAUAUAUAAUUGUUACAUUGCUAUAAUAAAACGGAAUA